AUGACUCUGAACAGCACGCGGUCUCAGAAAGGCAAGCAAGUUGUCACCGGUGCAACUAAGAUGCAGACGGCACAAGGCACCAUCAAUAACAAGAACAACGCGCGGUCUCGCAAAGGAAAGAAAGUCGAUGCCAAUACAACACCCUCAGAGUCGGUACAAGAUAAUGAGGGUGCCGCUAAAGAUCUCCAAAUGCAGGAUGUCUUCGGAAAGAUCCACCAACUAGCAUCUGACUUGAAAAAUCUUCGACAAGGAGUUGCUAAACUUCUCGUCGAGGUGUUUGGCAAUGAACGAGUAGAGUCGCUUCUUAACGAUCUAUCGAAGAUCAAAGUUGCGGUUGACACCGGUGAUACUACCUUUCAUGCAAUCGUCAAUCUUAUGCAACUAAUGAUUGAUGAAUUACAAGAUGGCAUCGACGAGGCUAAAUUUAUGAUUGUUGGUAACUCAUCGAAUGGUUUCGAGGAAGAGGGAGAAAAAGAUUUUGAGGAUGAUUAUAUUAUUAACAGUAGCGCUGGGUCUGAUAUUCCAGCUGUGCCAAAAGGUUUACAGCAGCCUCCACAAAAGCAAGUCGAUCAAUCUCAAACUUCUGUUGUUGAGCCUUCGGCUGUCGCAGAUGUUGCUAAUCCAUUGCUUCCCCGGAAAGCAGUGAAAUUGUCAGCCCAGAAAAUUGAUUUUAACCGUCGUCCAAGUGUCAGGGUAGCAUUGGGCAAUGCUGCAACAUCUUCCAGUGCUGGUUCAUUGAGAAGGAGCAAGAGAAGUCACGACACUACAAAUCUGGAGAGAGAAGAUAAACAUCAACGCCGUUCCUAA